AUGGUGUCGAAAGACAAGAAGCCUAAGAGGGCAACCUGGAAGUUUAAUUUGGUUCUUACCCAUCCUGUAGAAGAUGGAAUUUUUGACUUGGGUAAUUUUGAACAGUUUCUACGAGAGAAGGUUAAAGUGAAUGGAAAAACUGGAAAUCUCGGGAAUGUUGUUCACAUUGAAUGCCUGAAGAAUAAAAUCACCCUUGUUUCUGAGAAACAGUUCUCUAAAAGAUACUUAAAAUAUCUUACCAAGAAAUACCUUAAGAAGAACAAUCUCCAUGAUUGGCUUCUUGUAGUUGCAUCUGACAAGCAAACCUAUGAACUCUGCUACUUCCAGAUUAAUCAAGAUGAAGAUGGACCGCCGAGAUUGUCUAUCUGA